AUGUUACUGUCAGAGAGAAAUAAAAGCACUGCCACAUUCACUCUUUUGGGCUUCUCAGAUUACCCAGAACUGCAGGUUCCCCUCUUCUUGGUAUUUCUGACCAUCUACAGUCUCACUGUUGUAGGGAAUCUUGGGAUGAUUGUAAUCAUCAAAAUUAACCCCAAGCUGCACACCCCCAUGUACUUUAUCCUCAGCCACCUCUCAUUUGUGGAUUUCUGCUAUUCCUCUAUCAUUGCUCCCAAGAUGCUGGGGAACUUAGUUGUAGAAGACAGAACCAUUUCAUUUUUAGAAUGUGUAGUGCAAUACUUUCUCUUUUGUACCUUCGCAGUGACUGAAUCCUUUCUAUUAGCUGUAAUGGCCUAUGACCGCUUUGUGGCCAUUUGCAAACCUCUGCUCUACACAGUUGCCAUGUUCCAGGGACUCUGUGCUAUGCUGGUGGCAGGAUCAUAUGCUUGGGGAAUAGUAUGUUCCUUGAUACUCGCAUCCUCUGCUUUGAAAUUAUCUUUUCAUGGUUCCAACACAAUCAAUCACUUCUUCUGUGAGUUCUCCUCACUUCUCUCCCUUUCUUGCUCUGAUACUUCUCUCAGCCUGUUGUUGCUUUUCAUCUUUGCUACUUUUAAUGUGGUGAGUACGUUACUCAUCAUUCUUACUUCUUAUGUGUUUAUUGUUGUCACCAUCUUGAAAAUGAGUUCAGCCAGUGGGCGUUGUAAGACAUUCUCUACCUGUGCCUCUCAUCUGACUGCCAUCACCAUCUUCCAUGGCACCGUCCUCUUCCUCUACUGUGUGCCCAACUCCAAAAACUCCAGGCACACCAUCAAAGUAGCCUCUGUGUUUUACACAGUGGUGAUCCCCAUGUUGAAUCCCUUGAUCUACAGUCUGAAGAAUAAGGAUGUCAAGAAUACAGUCAGCAAGAUAAUGGACACUAAAGUCUUUUCUCAUUGACCAUAUUAUUUUAGUAGAAUUUGUCCCAAAAUUUUAAAUAAAGUGUGUCCAAAAAGGCCAUUUUAAAAGAUACCUUUAAAAUUAAUACUUAAUAUUGCCCACAUGUGUCUGUCAGUUUCUCGUACUGUGGGGACUUGUGUGUUGCUGUGAUGCUAGAAGCUAUGCCACCAGUAUUCAGAUAUCAGCAGGGUCACCCAUGGAGGACAGGUUUCAACU